UAUAUUAUUAUAUAUUAUCAGCAACAAUGUCGAUUGUUCCAAUCAAACUAAUUACAAUUUCAUUCUUUUUAUUAAUUUAUAAUGUAAAUAAAUCUAUUGCAUCCUUGAGUGAUGUAAAUACUGUUAUGAAAUUUUACUCGCUUCAAUCGGAUACUGAGUUAAGUGAUGUUUGUAGGAAACAAAGUGAUAUAUAUUACAGAAGUUUAUUAUCUAGUGCAUUACCUAAAAAUGCAUGGGCAAAAGACAUGAUAGAUGCUUCAUCAAAAUUUCAACCUGGAGUUUUACAAGGGAACUUGGUUGAUUUUGGAGCAUUUGAUGAGUGUUUAGGUGUAAAUUACGAGAAAAAACAAAUUAAGGGAAAGUAUUGCCUUACAAAAUUGAAAAUUUCAUCAAUUCUGUCCCAAAAUGCAUAUGAACAGCAACAGAAAUUUACCAAAGCUUUAAAUAAUUUUCCCGUGAAUUUCGGACGCCCACCGCCUGAUUUUUCUCAACGAUGGGCAAUUUGUGUGCCUCAUGGUUGCACAGCAAAAGACGUGGAAACUCACUUAAAUAGUAAUGGAAAAGGUCUUAAUUUUACAGUAAAAGAAGAGUAUUGUCAAUCGAUUGAAUCUCAACCAAAACUUGAUGGUGGCGAUUGGACCAUCAUAGCAUUUGCCAUAGCCUUAGCCUGUAUUGUUCUUCUAAGUACAAUAUAUGAUGUUUUUCUGCACCAUGUUAAAAAAGAUCCAAGAUUCCCUAUAACUGUUGCAUUUUCAUGUUACACAAACUUUCAAAAAUUGAUCAAAAUAAAUAAUCAUCCAGAUCAAUUGCCCUGUUUGAAUGGAAUUCGUGUAAUGAGUAUCAUAUGGAUUAUUCACGGUCAUGAAAUUAUGCGAUAUUCAAGUAGCACGUUGUUUAAUUCGAAGCAUCUCUUGGAGUGGACAAAAUCCUUUAACGCCAUGAGCACAAUAUCAGCUUCUAUUUCAGUAGAUUCAUUCUUUUUUCUAAGUGGGUUACUUUUAAUGUAUGGAUUUCUGAAAUCACAAGUUAAAAAAAUUCCGUUUAAUAUCCCAAUCUUCUACAUUCAUCGUUAUCUCAGGUUAACACCUGCUUAUGCAGCUAUAGUAAUAGUAUAUUUAACAUUAUACAAUAAAAUUGGUACUGGACCGAAUUGGGAAGAAGCCAAUCAUCGACUUCAAACUGAUUGCCAAGCAUAUUGGUGGUCAAGUUUGUUAUAUAUUCAGAACUAUGUAAAUCCUGACAAAAAUUGCGUUGGACAAUCAUGGUAUUUAUCAGUCGAUAUGCAGUUAUACAUUUUGUCUCCAUUGAUAUUAAUACCUAUUGGUAAAUGGCCAAAAAUUACAUCAUAUUUAUUAGGAUGUCUUGCAAUCUUAUCUAUAAUCAGUCCUACAGUGGUUGCAUGGCAUUAUGAAAUUCCAGCUAGCGGAGGUCAAGUUGAUAAUUGGUUUCGAAUAUACUAUGCUCAACUUCAUACAAGAGCUGGGCCGUGGAUCAUAGGUUUAGCUGCAGGUUAUGUUUUAUUUCAAACGAAACAUAAAAAAUUUCGAUUAAACAGGGUUGAAGUAACAAUAAUGUGGAUACUUACAGGAGCAGUUAUGUUAUUUAUUGUUUUUGGAAAUUGGCCAAUAGUAAAUGGCGAUUUUGUUCCCAGUCGAUUGUACAAUAGUUUAUAUAUUGGAUUUCAUAGAAGUGUGUGGGCUCUAGGGUUAAGUUGGAUAGUAUUUGCGUGUAUCCACGGAUAUGGUGGUCCAGUUAAUUGGAUUUUAUCUCUGUCAGUAUUUCAAUUUUUCGCAAAACUUACAUAUUCGUUAUAUUUAAUCCAUGUACCAGUUCAAAAUUAUGAUCGAGGAACUGUUAGAAUUCCAAUAAUAUUUAAUGAAUUCAGAAUCUUGCAAUCAUUCUUUAGUACCGCAUGUUUGAGUACAAUUAUUGCUAUAAUUUGGGUAUUGUGUUUUGAGUACCCUUUUGCUGUAAUUGAUGGUGUAAUAAUAAAAGCAGUUUCCAGCUUAUUCAAGAAAAAUUCUGCAGCGAAGGAAACGAAAGAAAUAGCCUAAUAUUAAUUAGUAUAAUAGCUUAAUAUUAAUAAGAUACU